GGGUCUGAGCAUUCGCCGGACCUGCUGGAAAGCCUCCAGAUUCGUCGGAGCAGGGUACAUCAUGGCACCAGCUUUCGGCACGGGGUCGGUGGGCGCAGGAUCAAGGAGUUCUUUCCAAGAUGAACUUAAAGCAAUUUUACGGAAACGCAUCAUGGUGCUGGAUGGAGCAAUGGGGACUAUGAUUCAACAACAUAAACUUGGUGAAGAUGAUUAUCGUGGUGAGGAGUUCAAAGACCAUCCUAAACCUUUAAAGGGAAACAAUGACCUUCUCAGCAUAACACAACCUGACCUUAUCUGCAAAAUUCAUAAGGACUACUUGUUGGCUGGAGCAGAUAUUGUGGAGACAAACACUUUCAGUAGCACAAGAGUUGCACAGGCGGAUUAUGAAUUGGAACAUUUGGCUUACCGACUGAAUAAAGUCUCAGCAGAACUGGCCAGAAAGGCAGCAGAUGAUGUGGGAAUGCAAACAGGUACCCAAAGAUUUGUGGCAGGUGCAAUAGGACCAACCAACAAAACAUUAUCAAUAUCACCAUCUGUGGAGAGGCCUGACUACAGAAAUAUAACAUUCGAGGAAUUAGUUGAAGCUUAUGAAGAACAAGCCAGAGGCCUGCUGGAUGGUGGUAUUGAUAUCCUCCUGGUGGAGACCAUUUUUGAUACAGCAAAUGCGAAGGCUGCCUUAUUUGCUAUUCAGCAGUUGUUUGCGGAACAAUAUGAAUCAAGACCUCUCUUUAUUUCUGGAACAAUUGUAGAUAAGAGUGGACGCACACUUUCUGGUCAGACAGGAGAAGCCUUUGUCGUCAGUGUAUCCCAUGCAGAGCCACUCAGCAUUGGAUUAAAUUGUGCUUUGGGAGCUGCGGAAAUGAGGCCAUUCAUAGAAGCAAUUGGAAAGUGCACAACUGCUUAUGUUUUAUGCUAUCCUAAUGCAGGCCUUCCCAAUACAUUUGGAGGCUAUGAUGAAACUCCUGAUGUCACUGCAAAAUACCUCAAGGAAUUCGCCAUGGAUGGACUAGUGAACAUUGUUGGAGGGUGCUGUGGAACAACUCCAGCUCAUAUCCGGGCAAUAGCAGAAGCAGUCCAAAAAUGUAGACCUAGAAUUCCUCCUCCUUCUGUUUUUGGAGACUUCCUGUUACUGUCAGGCCUUGAACCGUUUAAAGUUGGACCAUAUACCAACUUUGUCAAUAUUGGAGAACGUUGCAAUGUGGCAGGGUCUAGAAAUUUUGCGAAACUUAUUAUGGCAGGUAAUUAUGAGGAAGCCUUGAAUGUAGCAAAAUCACAAGUAAAAAUGGGAGCCCAAAUCCUGGAUAUCAACAUGGAUGAUGGAAUGUUAGAUGGCAAGAGUGCUAUGACCAGAUUCUGUAACCUUGUAGCAACAGAACCAGAUAUUGCCAAGGUUCCAUUGUGCAUUGAUUCUUCUAAUUUUGCUGUGAUUGAAGCGGGGUUGAAGUGUUGCCAGGGCAAGUGUGUUGUGAAUAGCAUCAGUUUGAAGGAAGGUGAGGAAGACUUUCUGGAAAAGGCACACAUUAUUAAACGCUUUGGGGCUGCUGUCGUAAUAAUGGCAUUUGAUGAGAAAGGACAGGCAACUGAAACUAAUGAUAAAGUGGAAAUAUGUACUAGAGCCUAUGAGCUGCUUGUGAACAGAGUGAAAUUUAAUCCAAAUGAUAUAAUAUUUGAUCCAAAUAUACUGACAAUUGGAACUGGAAUGGAGGAGCAUAGUCUGUAUGCUGAAAAUUUUAUCAAGGCUACUUCAAUUAUAAAGAGAAAGUUACCUGGUGCUAGGAUAAGUGGAGGCCUUUCUAAUUUGUCUUUUUCAUUUCGAGGAAUGGAGAUGAUUCGUGAAGCCAUGCAUGGUGUGUUCCUUUACCAUGCUAUAAAGGCUGGGAUGGAUAUGGGAAUUGUGAAUGCAGGAAAGUUGCCUGUUUAUGAUGACAUAGACAAAGAACUUCUGGAGCUAUGUGAGAAUUUGAUCUGGAACAAAAAUCCUGCAGCUACAGACAAAUUAUUGCAAUAUGCCCAGAAUCAUACCACUGCUGGGAAGAAAACUGUGCAUACUGAUGAAUGGAGGAACGGUUCUGUUGAGGAACGGCUUGUCUAUGCUCUGAUAAAGGGUGUAGAAAAAUAUGUAGUAGAAGAUACAGCAGAAGCAAGGGCCAAUCAAGAGAAAUACCCCAGGCCUUUACAUAUAAUCGAAGGCCCUCUAAUGAAUGGAAUGAAAGUUGUGGGAGAGUUAUUUGGAACAGGAAAAAUGUUUCUUCCACAGGUUGUUAAAUCUGCUCGUGUAAUGAAAAAAGCUGUGAAUUACCUUAUCCCCUUCAUGGAGAAGGAGAGAGAGGAAAGACUGGCCCAGUCAGGUCAUUCAGAAGAAAUGAGCCCAUAUCAAGGCACUGUUGUGUUAGCCACUGUGAAGGGAGAUGUUCAUGACAUUGGCAAGAACAUUGUUGGUGUGGUAUUGGCUUGCAACAACUUCAGAGUGGUUGAUCUGGGAGUGAUGACUCCAUGUGAUAAGAUACUGCGAGCAGCUAUUGAGAAUAAAGCAGAUAUUAUUGGACUAUCUGGUCUGAUAACACCAUCUUUGGAUGAGAUGAUAUAUGUUGCCAAGGAAAUGGAACGAUUGAAUAUGAAAAUACCUUUAUUGAUUGGUGGAGCAACAACCUCAAAAACACACACAGCUGUCAAAAUUGCACCAAAGUAUAAUGCACCUGCUAUUCAUGUCCUAGAUGCUUCGAAAAGUGUUGUUGUGUGCGCUCAACUUUUGGAUGAUUACCUUAAGGAUGACUACUUUGAGGAAGUAACUGAAGAAUAUGAAGAGAUUCGACAGGAUUAUUAUGAUUCUUUAAUGGAAAGAAAUUAUUUAACAUUAGAGCAAGCCAGGAAUAGAGGGCUCCAUAUAGACUGGCUUUCUCAUCCUAAGCCAGUGAAACCAACAUUUAUUGGCACCCAAUCCUUUGCAGAUUAUGAUUUACGGAGACUGAUGAGCUACAUUGAUUGGAAACCUUUCUUUGAUGUUUGGCAGCUGAAGGGAAAGUAUCCAAAUCGUGGAUAUCCCAAAAUCUUUAAAGAUAAAACUGUUGGUGAAGAAGCCAAAAAGUUGUUUGAAGAUGCACAGGAUAUGCUGAAUAUGCUAAUUGAAGCAAAGAAAUUGACUGUCAAGGGAAUUAUAGGAUUCUGGCCAGCUCAAAGUGUUGGGGAUGAUAUACACUUGUUUGUAAAGGAUACUUACCCCCACCUUGGUGAACCAAUAGCUAAGUUUCAUGGUUUAAGGCAACAGGUGGACAAGAACUCCAUUAGCACAGAGAAGUACUACUGCAUUUCUGACUUCAUAGCACCUAAGGAUUCUGGCGUGUCGGAUUACAUCGGCAUGUUUGCAGUGGCGUGCUUUGGUGCCGAACUUCUAAGCAAGCAAUAUGAGGAGGAGGGUGAUGACUACAGCAGCAUAAUGGUUAAAGCCUUGGCAGACAGACUAGCUGAGGCAUUUGCAGAAGAGCUGCAUGUGAGAGUCCGGAAGGAAUUUUGGGGAUACUCCCCUGAUGAGAGCCUGGAUAUUGCUAGUAUACAUAGAAUCAAAUACGUGGGAAUUCGUCCAGCUCCAGGGUACCCAAGCCAACCUGAUCACACUGAGAAAAUAACAAUGUGGAAACUGGCCAGUAUUGAAGAAAUGACAGGAAUUACAUUGACAGAAUCUUUGGCUAUGACUCCAGCUGCAGCAGUCUCAGGCUUUUAUUUUUCCAGUCCACAAUCUAUGUAUUUUGCUGUUGGAAAAAUUAUGAAGGAACAGGUUGAGGAUUAUGCAGCCAGAAAACAGAUGAAAGUAGAAGAGGUUGAGAAAUGGCUGGGACCCAUUUUAGGAUAUGAGACUGACUGAUAGAUUUUUAAUAUAAAUUGUGAUGAGAUGCCAUAAAGUUGGUCUUACGCACAGAUUUUAAUCUUACUGCAUUUUUUCAUGUUACAAAAUGUGUCCACGAAUAAAAAAAUUCUUGAAAGUAGUU